AGGCAAGGUAUCCAACAAUUUUGGAGUUGUUUGAUAGCCUUGGAGUUGAUGUGGAAGCAUCUGAUGUUUCAUUCUCUGUAAGCCAUGACAAAGGCAAUGGCUAUGAGUGGUGCAGCCAAUAUGGCUAUUCAAACCAGUUUGCACACAAGAGGAAAAUGUUGAAUCCUUACAAUUGGCCAGACCUCAGAGAAAUUACCAAGUUCGGGAAUGAUGUCAACAGUUACCUUGAAUCACUUGAGCACAAUCCAGACAUUGAUCGAAAUGAAACCUUGGGGCAGUUUAUAAAUUCUAAGGGUUACUCUGAAAAUUUUAAGAACUCUUACCUGGCUCCCAUAUGUGGUUCAGUAUUGUCCUGCUCCCAGGAAGAGGUUAUGGGCUUUUCAGCCUUCUCCAUUCUUUCAUAUUGUCGCAAUCAUCAUUUGUACCAGCUAUUUGGGAAUCCACAGUGGUUAACUAUCAGAAGCCACUCAUAUUUUGUUAAAAAGGUCAGAGACAUGCUGGAGAGUAGAGAUUGUCAAUUUAAACUUGGUUGUCAAGUAAAUUCUGUUGUGCCUGCUGAUAAUGGUAUCACCAUAGUCUGUGGAGAUGGUUUCCAAGAAACGUACAAUGGGUGCGUAAUGGCUGUUGAUGCUCCCACAGCCCUAAGAAUAUUAGGAAACCAAACAACAUUUGAAGAAAAGAGAGUACUGGGUGCAUUCCAAUAUGCUUCACUGGAAAUUGAUUGCCAAAUGAGAAAAUUUACUCCUUUUGCUGAGCACUGGAAAUUAGGGAAUUGA